UCAGGGUUGGGCUGGGAUGACUGGCAAGGGGGACUGAUAAACGUCGGGAUCUUAGGUAUGUUCAUUGUUCAGCAGGUGACCUUGUCCGUGAAUUCGCUGGCGCACUGGCUCGGGAGCUCCCCCUUCGAGGAUCGCCUGUCGCCUCGAGACCGUCCUUCUACUGCGGUCCUAGCUUUUAGGGGAAGGCGAUCCUAA